GAUUGCUGACCUGCUGCGAGGCCAUUGCCUGCUGAUUUGACUGGUUAUACAUCUAGCAAAUAAUUCUCAGAUAGGCACUUUCCCAACGGAGGAAGUUGUUUUCCAAAAAGAAAAGAUUAUCCUUUAAUCUCUCUGGUAUUUUGUUUCCCAUGUAUAUGUUUAUGGGUCACUGUAAGUUUUAGGAAAUCAUUUGCAACGAACCUAAUGAAGCAUUAGUUCCUUUCCUUCACAAUCCUCUAUAAAUCUUGUUUCAUUUUCAUUUUCUUGUUACCAAAAAGGCCUUUUUAUCCCAUUAAAAGAAGCAUUUUGAUGUGCGAUUUACUUUUAAAUAUCAAAAUAUUGCCUGGCCAGAUUCUCUGCCCUUAUUUACCAUUCUGUCAAUGACAGCUAUUAAGUUUUCUAUUAUUUUCUGCAUGCAUGCAUUUGAAUGAUUUUAUUAUAAUAUGCUGAACUUUUGACAACAGAAAAGGAAAAUCUUUGCCUCUAUGGGUUUCCCAGCGAGCAGUGGGAGGUGAAUUUACCUGCUGAAGAGGUGCCUCCAGAGCUUCCAGAACCUGCAUUGGGCAUCAACUUUGCCAGAGAUGGAAUGCAAGAAAAGGAUUGGUUGUCACUGGUUGCUGUGCACAGUGAUGCAUGGUUGCUGUCUGUGGCCUUCUAUUUUGGUGCUAGAUUUGGAUUCGAUAAAGCUGAUAGGAAACGUCUUUUCAAUAUGAUAAAUGAUCUUCCAACAAUAUUUGAGGUAGUCACAGGGGCAUCAAAGAAACAAACAAAGGAAAAAUCAUCAGUUUCAAAUCAUAGCAGUGGCAAAUCAAAAUCCAACUCAAAGGGCAAAUAUUCAAAGGCAAUGCAACCAAAGGAAGAGGACGAUGAUGGUCUGGAAGAUGAAGAUGAGGAGGAGCAUGGGGAGACACUUUGUGGGGCUUGUGGAGACAACUAUGCAUCAGACGAAUUCUGGAUUUGCUGUGACAUCUGUGAGAAAUGGUUCCAUGGGAAAUGUGUUAAGAUUACCCCAGCCAGAGCAGAGCAUAUUAAGCAGUACAAAUGCCCAUCCUGCAGCAACAAGAGAGCACGGCCUUAGGGAUGGCAGGGCAGGUAGCUUCAUGUUUAUUCUGGCACCAUAGAGUCCUAAUUGUCAAGUAGGUCAGGCUGUUCUUAGUCACCCUUAGGUUUGUUCUUAGUCAUCUUUCAUUGUGUGUAGUUUAGGCUACCAACUUGCUGACUAUUAAUUAAAAUAACAUAAAUUAUUAUAUCAUUCUCAGAUGGAAAGUCAUUUUCUUCCAUAAAAAGGAGGGUAGACUGAGUUAAUUAAUGUCCAAACCUUGUUAUUAUAUGCACAUCUUGUUAUUAUAUGCACAUGUAGUUUCAUUCCUUGCUAUGGUAUCUGUUUGAGGCGUUUUGGAUUUUUACGGGGACGCAUUAUUCACA